ACCGCACUCUCUGAAUCCGAUUGUGCGUAAACAACGUCAAAUCCGCAAGCACUGUGCUCCGCACUAACACGGCUGCCAUGUCUUCAUGUUUUCUUUUGUUGAUGGUUUUGGCUUACUGCUAACUUCAUCAGGUUUUGCUGCUCCGUAAACCCAUCGCCUCGCUUUCUGGGUGCCAAAGGUGUGAUGGAGGCUGCAUGGAGGAUCUAAAAGGAUGCAGGGGGAGAUCAUCUUCAUCCCUUGAUCGGUUGACACGGGAUUGGCUGGAAGCAGAUGCCUGUGCCUGCUUGUGUGGUAUAAACAGCAUGUGCAUCGCACAUUCCUGAGGUUCUAAAUAUAUCUAUUAAGGCCACAGAAGGGGGCGGUCUGGUGUCGGGGGUUUAUUCUGGGACAUUUCACUAUCGUGGUUGACUUGCACCACUUGAAUUAUCUUCCAGAAACUGACAAUCUGUUAUUAUACCAUCUAAGGAGAAAUUGGUCCUAUUCAAACAUGCCCUCGACUUACAACGUGAGAUCCAGGGCGCGCGAGAGAAACAGCGUCCUGAGCAGACCUGAGUUCAUGUCCCUCAACCAUCAGCCCCUCCGCGGCGGCGGUGGCGGACCCUCAGAAAGCCGCGGUAGGUCAAAGCGACCGGGUCAAAUCAAGCAGCAAACAAGCCAGCAGAGUGAAGAACCUACCGACAGCGGCAGCAAGGACAGGAGAGAGUCCACCAAAAUGCCAGAGGAAGACUGUAUGCAGCUGAACCCUUCCUUCAAGGGAAUAGCGAUGAACUCCCUCCUAGCCAUUGACAUUUGUCUGUCCAAACGCAUGGGGGUGUGCGCCUACACGUCGUCCUCCUGGGGAGGCUGCCGCUCCAUGGUCGCCUUGUUGGCGCUCACAGGGCACGGUAUCACGUGGAUCAUUGGCACUAUCGUGUGUCUCACACGGAGUAACACUCUGGCAGGACAAGAGGUCCUGGUGAACCUGCUGCUUGCCCUCAUCCUUGAUGUCAUGACAGUAGCUGGAGUCCAGAGACUGGUGAAGCGAAGAGGACCCUGGGAGAUGACGCCAGGCUUCCUGGAUUGCGUUGCUAUGGACGUGUACUCCUUUCCUGCUGCCCAUGCUAGUCGGGCCGCCAUGGUCUCCAAGUUCCUACUGUCCCACCUGGUUCUGGCUGUGCCACUUCGCAUUCUGCUGGUGCUGUGGGCCUUCCUGGUGGGCAUGUCCCGGGUGCUCUUGGGGAAACACCACCUAACAGAUAUGGUGUGUGGCUUUGCACUGGGCAUGCUCCACUUCAGCUUGAUGGAGACUGUAUGGCUGUCGUCAAGCACCUGUCAGACUCUUAUUUCUAUAAGCACGCUUAGCUGGAGCCCAUUUUUCUAAGCUUUUGAUACAUUGCUCUGUGAGGCUUAUUUAAUAUUACAGCCUUGCAGUCUUAAGAACUUUUGUUUGUCUUAAAGUUGUUUUCACAAGAGUCAGGCUGUGAAAACAGAAACACUAAUGUUUGGAUGCAGUUGCAGACUUGCAUGCAUUACGCAAGACAGGAAGAUCCUAGGACCCUCAAAAGACCUUUAUGCAGCUUCACAGAUUUUAGUGUCACAUUUUGUUCAUCCAUAUAUUUUCUAUAUCUGCUUAAUUCAGUCCAGGACUGUAGCCUAUCCCUGCUGCAAUUAGGGAAGAAGUGGAGUAAACCCUGGACAGGUCGCUGGUCCAGGGCCAAAAUGAGAGGCAAAUAAAACAAACAACCAUGCAUGCUGUCACAUACCUCUGCAUCUAAGUUUCAGUUGGAAACUAAAGAAACGAUAGGACUGCAAUAUCUGCUUAAAGUGUAUAUGGAGGAUUGAAGUUUGAUCUUUUUAAGAGUUUUGAAAAAGUCAGUUCUAUUAAUUUAUAAUUUAACCUCUUUCAUUUCAGAACUUAUAAUUCUAUUCAGCCUCCUUUUAUUUUCCACUUUGUCAUAUUCUUUGAUUUCGGACUUCCAAAACACUCAAACUAUAACAUUUAAUAGAGUUUGAAAUCAGAUUGUAGUACAGUUACUGAUUCUUGCAUUUUUUUCUCAUUGACACAGCUGUUUUAUUUCUUUUUUUUUUCUUUAAAUGGUAAGAUUUCUGUUCCUUGUAAUCCAUGUUUAAUAUCUGCAAACUAUUUUUAUUUUUUAUUUUUUGUUUUUUUUUCCAAUUGAAUUUAGCCAUUUUAUGCUCAAUAAUCUUGCACUGGAUUUGACGUUUUUUUCUGAUGGGGUUGAAUAUUCCAUCAGUGUGCUGAUAUUUUCCUCCACCUCUUUCAUUUGAGGCCGCUCCAGUUUGUGAGUUAGCCGGGCAGACUGUAAUGGUUUUUGAGUGAAAGUCCCACCAAUGUAUGUGUAUAUGUAUAAUGAGUGUAUGGACUGUAUGUGGUCUAACUGGCACAGAGUAAAAAUGUCUGAAAGAUUAGUUUUUUUUUUUUUUUUAGUAAUUCCUUGAUUUUAACUGUGUAGCUUUUGACCUUUGGAUUAAUUUUUUUUGUGGCAAAAAAUGUUUUCAUGCACUGGUUUGGUACAGCUAAAUACAUUUUAGUGUACAUGAGUUGAUUUUGUUCUGUACAAGGAUGUGAAUAUGACAUUUUUACUAUGUUGCUUUAUCUCAUUAAUAAAACUAGUAAGGAAAUA